AUGGCCUCGUCGCGCAGCUCCCGGGCGCCGUCCUUCAGCAGCGACAGGCCGUCCGCCGCCAGUUCAAUCACUUUCCAGAUGCCCACCACGGUGCGACCAGCGCCCGCGUACAUUGCUGCGUCGGUGGCCUCGCAGAUUGUUACCGAUCACCACAACGCACAGCUGCGCGAGGAAGACGACGAUGCGGAUGAGCUCGAGAACGCCAUCUUCUCGGAGCAGGCACUUUCGCUACUCAAUGCCUUUCUAGACCACCUGCUGUUCGCUUUUCUCUCCUCGGCGCGCUCCCCGUCGCUUACCGCCGUCCGACCGGCCAUAUCAGACGUGCUCAAGCCGCGACUGGCCCGCGAGGCGACCGAAUCCGCCGAUGAGGAGCUCCAGGGGCUGCUCGCUGGGGAAGACGAUGAGAUCUCUGCAAACGACGGCCAGCCGGUGGACAAGUGGGAUGUGGAGAAGGUGUGGAAGCGCACGCGACUGCGUAUCAUGGUAUACACGCGCCUGGGCGAGCUCGAGGAUGAAGACGAGGAGAAGUACGUCCAGCAGGAGCGCGGUCUCAGCAUGGACGAAGACGAGGAUGACGAAGCGGGGCUAGUUUCGUGGGCGUCUGCCAUAUUCCUGACCUCGGUCAUUGAAUACAUCGCAGAGCAAACACUGCUGGUGUCCGGCUCAGCUGCGUACGCGCGCAUGGCCGCCAAGCUCAAGAAGGUCCAGCAGCAGGUGCAAGACACGGAAGAAGCCAGCUUCGAGCGGAUCGUGGUUGAAGAGCCCGACGCGGAGAAGAUUGCGCUCAAUUCGGCGCUCGGCAGGCUGUGGAGGACCUGGCGGAAGCGCGUUCGGUCACCGCUCUCGCCCAUCUCCCCAGGCCGUGGUAUCCGUUCUGUCGCGAGCUGGGGAAGCCUGCAUCGCCGAAAGAUGAGCCACGACACGAUAGAUGGUUCCCUCCGCGGCGAGCAAGAGCCCAUUCCUGAGCGCAUCCCCACAGAAACCGAGAUUGCGGCAAACAUCCCUCUGCCCGUGGGCGACAAUGAUGUCAACGAGAUCGAAGUACCAGGACUGGCAAAUACAUUCGAAGCCGAUAGCGAGAGUACAGGCACACAAACACCAGUGCCGCGAAACCAGCGCCCAUCGAGCGUCAUCAUGCUAGCCCCAGUAGAGACCUUCCGGCGAAGAGCCACGAAGCCACGCCCGGUUUCCAUGCCUCACCCACCUGCAUCAGAGUUCACGGUCCCCGUCUUCUCCGAACGAGCCUCCGACCCGCCCGAGACACCCUUCGAGACGCCCAUGGAAUAUGCUACCAAGCGUACCUCAUACAUGGCGCACGAGCAGCCAGCAGCUGUCCCUCAACACACACAUCACGAGGAACGCGAAGCACUCGAGUCACCACAAACCGCAGAUGCGGAAAUGUUGGCCUUCGCUGCCAAUACGGGCCUGGGCUUCAGGAUGAGCACCGUGAACCCGAUCAAGACAGAAGUGCCAGCAAAGACCGAGGACGAGCCAGAGAUUCCAAGCGCGGGAGGCUAUGAAAGCGAGCCCAAGAUUAUGCAGUCCAAGAGGAUGUCAGUCGAGAAGACGGGUCCUCCAGGCAUCGUGCGCACCUUCUCCACGCGAAGCUCCAGUCGCUCCGCCCAACACACACCCGUAGCAAGCCCGAUGCUGCCACAGCAAGCUGACGCCCGAUCCUACCUCGAUGACGCUGAGACGACAGAUGACGAGCCUGAACGCACGGCAAUAGGUGUUGCACGCACAUCCGAUAUCCCCAUUCGAUCUACGCCUACCCCUGACAUGGCUGCACAUGGAGGAUAUGUCGAAGUUCAGCCUCGACAGACUUCGAUCUCGUCGAUCUCGGCGCGCAAUACCCCCUCCCCCGACGCGAAGCCUAUCACACCAGAUCGCUCUGUUGCACGAAAGGACCUACACAAACGUGAGUUAUCAGGCGGAGCUUAUGCUGCUGCCGGCGCAAGCCAGCUUGGAAACAUCACUAGCGCGCCACGACAGCAGGCGCCACCAAAGUCAAGGGGGGCUUCACUACCUUCACUGCAAGAGGCCGAAAGCCCAAAUGCACGUAGGAACAAGACUACCUCUGAAGCUAGCCCAACGCAAACAGCCACUCAGCGCAAGCCUGUUCAGGCUGGUCGUGAUGCUCGAGCCAACACCCUCGAACGACAAGCGCAGAACAAGUCCGCGGAGGAGACCAAGCGCACGCCUCACGCUACCUUAGACGGCUCCCCAUCUAGCGAAAAGUCUGCUGUACAACGAGUCUCCUCGACAUCGUCGAAGAAGUCUAGCAUCCAUGCCCGGAACAACGGUAGAGAUUCCGAGGCAAGCCAGCGCUCAGCCGUGCGCAGUCGCAUGUCUGAGGAGGACCGAGAGCGCCAGUUCGAAUCGUUGGUGAAUGCAGAAGAGACGGUAAAGUUCACCCUGACUCCACAAACUGUGCGCGACUUCGAGGCAAGCUCACCUUCACUCACCGUUCGCUUCACCGUGUUCCAUAUCCACCCGCGUGUAAACGCCGACAAGGACAACUCUUUCGGCACUGGACAUCUUCCAUCACGGUCGUCGUCUAGAAGCAAAGGCCCUGUCGCUGCUCCACAGAAGUCAUCGCCAAGCAGGAAGGUCGUUGGCAGGCAACUUGCUAGAGAGCCGCGCAUUGAGCAAGAAUCGAUGCGCGACUUUGCAGACUUCAUUCGUUCGACUGGGCCCUCGCCAGGACAAGACAAGCCAGUGCAACCGUUUGUCAACAUCAGUGGCAACGGACCACGAUCGACGAACGCUUCAUCCUCCUCGCUUGGCCGCAAAACUUCUACCCGACAGAACAGUACUCGUGGUACAGAAGGCCCAUCCGCAUCUGGCAAACCGCGUGUCAACAUGGAGCCUCGCAGUCCUGCAGGACUCAGCACUGGCAAUGACGAUUUGAUCGACUUCAUCCGCCAAGGACCACCCAAUGCGCCAAACGGACAGCCUAGGAUCCCGCGCAACGUCGCACCCUUCAGGACCACGGUAGACUCUGACCAGUUUGAUCAGAUGCUUGGCGGUAAUAAUGUGGAAUCUGCGUAUGGAUCAACAGCGUCUACUCUUGACUCAAAGCACUCUACCCAGACUAUCAACUCACGGACCGGUCUUAUUCCAGAGCCAAAGGUAGUGCAGCCCGCCUACUCGAACCAGCCUCAAAAGCUUUCGGGCAACAUGGCUUCAAACAACCAGGAGCCUGUCAUUACCCGAACCCGCCGUCGCGUGAAGGAUCCCUACGCAAUCGAUAUCUCAGACGAAGAAGACGACGACGAGGACGAAGACCAGCUCACCGCCCUCCCACCAUCCACCCAACCUCCAGGCGUGCGACAAGAGAGCUUGAUGGACUUCCUAAACGGUAUGGAUCCCCCAUCCACCAGCAAGCCCGAGCCAUUCGUCCUCAGCCCCGAAACCAUCGCCGCAGCCAAAGCACGCGCAAACACCUCCAGCUCGUCCUUAUCCUCCACCACCACCGGUCCUCGCAACGGGCCCCAAAAUUACGGCGCUAUUUCUUCCACGUCAGUCGCGUCGGAUGCUCAUCGCGCGUACAAGCCACGACUCCAGGCUAGGGCGCCUGCGGUGAGUGAGGUACGCACUUCCAAGACAGCGACUAGCGAUCUCGCGGACUUUUUGCGCAACUCUGGGCCGCCGGAGCAUGUGGUGCCCAGCCAGCCGGUCGAGGAGAAGAAGAAGAACUUGCGCACCGUGACAACUUCCGUCAAGUAUGUGAACGUCUCCAGCUUCCCGCACAUUGCACUAUUCUACCCGUCCACGACACAGGAUGUAUCGAUUCUUCUCAAAGAAUGCCAUGAGCGCCGCAUCGCCGUCACUGCAUAUGGCGGCGGCACGAGUUUCGGCGGCGCGCUAAGCAACUCCGGGGGCGUAUGCGUGAGUUUCGAGCGCAUGGCCCAAUUACUCCAUAUCAACGCGGAUGACGGGGAUUGCGUCGUUCAGCCCGGUCUCAACUGGAUGCACCUCAACGCCUUGUUACAGAAAAGUGAAAAGGGUACAGGAUUGUUUUUCCCUGUAGAUCCCAGUCCCCAGGCGAGUGUUGGCGGUAUGAUAGCCAUGUCGUGUAGCGGGACGAAUGCGUAUCGAUACGGCACGAUGAGGGAGUGUGUUGUUGGGGUGACGGUUGUUCUGGCGGAUGGGAGGGUGGUCAAGACGAAACAACGGCCCAGGAAGAGUAGUGCUGGGUAUGAUCUUACGCAUUUGAUUGUUGGGAGUGAGGGCACACUUGGGUUGGUCACUGAGGCGACGCUCAGGCUCGUGCCGCUGCCGCGAAAUUUGCACGUGGGUAUCGCGACGUUUGGAGCGUUGGAGGGCGGCGUGGAUGUUGUGCUGGAAGUGCAGAAGAGCGGCCAUGUGUUCGAGGCGUUGGAGGUGGCGGAUGGGAAGCAGAUGGAGUGUUUGAAUCGGUCGAAACUCUCUCCAGUCAACUUCACCGAAACACCCACCUUGUUCUUCAAAAUCGCGGGACCGAGCAAGCAGAUGGUAGCCGAUCAGAUCAAUAUCAUGAAGACCUUGUGCGCACGGCACAAAGCCACUUCUCUCGAGAUCACGGACGAUGAGAGCAGGAUCGCGACGCUUUGGGGCGCAAGAAAAGCCAUGGGCACGGCGCUUGUUGCUAUGAAACAAUCCCCCACGGACCUGUUCAUUCAUUCAGACUGCGCGGUUCCAAUAUCAAAACUCCCUGCGCUCAUCGCCGGCACGCAUGAUCUCAUCACCGCCGCGACGCCUCCAAACUCACGCUGGUUCUGCGCGAAUGUCGGACACGCAGGUGAUGGGAACGUACACAGCUCGAUUAUCUGUCCCGCCGAAGAUAAAGAGUUGGCUGAGGCAGUGAUUAAGCGGAUUUGCAGGCUAGCGUUGAGUUUGGAGGGUACGGUAACGGGCGAACAUGGCGUUGGGAUGAAGUUGAGGGAUGUGUUGGAGGAAGAGGUGGGGAAGACGGGAGUGGAGAUUAUGAGGGGGAUCAAAGAGGCGCUGGAUCCGAGAGGGAUAUUGAAUCCUGGGAAGGUUUUUAGGCUGGAGAAUGGGGUGGGCAAGGCGAAGUUGUGA